AUGUGGCAUGAGAACAAUGACGAAAUGAUGAAAAUGAUCAUCUCAAUGUUCAGGCUGGACAAAUACAGGCCAAGGAAUAACUCCAACGAUGAUGUGAGCUUUGAGUCUCACAUUUACUUUGAUGAUGCUUUUAAAGACGUGAAAGGUAGUAAAGAACGGCAUGUGAACGAAUACGCAGAGGACCUGGUGGACGUUAUCCGAGUUGUUUACAAUAUCUUCAAUGAGGAGGAUUCAUGCAUCUUCAAAGAGAGCCCACCCCUUCCAUGCCAGAGGAUCCUGCACACCCCUUACGGAGGUCGACUGGAGUACACUCUCCCUUAUGGCAACCUGCUGAUGGUGCACUUUAAGGACAAGCUACUGAUCCGCCACAAGAAGAGAUGGUCUCAGAUUAUGUACUUGUACUACAUUCUCGGCUGGCGACUCACCAGGAAGUAUUUCAAGAAGUUUGAUCAGGGUGAAGAUGUGAGGGAGCUGAGGGAAAAGAUGACGGUGAACAGCAUAAAGAAUCAUUUUUUACAAUUCUAG